UCUCAACCUCCUCAUCGAUGUAGCAUGCCGCCUCCGCCGUCCCGAUCUCGCUCUCCACGCCUUCGCUGCCAUUCGAGAGCUCUGCUGCUACCCCGAUCGCAACACCUACCGUAUCCUCAUGAAGGGCCUCUGCGAAGCCGGCCGGCUCGACGACGCCGUGCACCUCCUCUACUCCAUGUUGUGGAGGAUCUCUCGAAAGGGCUGCGACGCUGACGUCGUCGUCUACCGCACGCUCCUUGAGUCCCUCUGCGCCGCAGGAAGGGUCGAAUUGGCGGAGGAGAUACUUGGCAAGGUGCUGAAGAAGGGGCUCAGGUCGCCGCGAGCGAGACAAGCGUUCCAAAGGCCGGUUCUUUCCAUCGCGGCUAACCUGGAGGAGAUGAAGAGGAUAAUUGACGAGGCGCUUGUGGUGCGUGGGAUUAGAAGCCUCGCGAGCUAUGAUGCCAUGAUAACAGAUUUGUAUGCGGAGAGUGAGUUUACUCACGCUGGUAAGAUGCUUGAUGAAAUGACACAGAAGGGAUUUAGACCGCCGAUAUCCAUCUAUGAGGCAAAGAUAGCUGCGCUUUGCAGGGAAGGGAGGGUGGAGGAUGGAAUGAGAGUGUUGGAGGUGGAAAUUGUGGAGAGUGGAUGUGUGCCUACGGUGAGAUCCUAUAACCUGGUGAUGGAGGGGCUUUGCAUGAAAGGGGAAUCGACAAGAGCAAUGGGUUAUCUGGAUAGAAUGGAUAAACAGCUUGGUUGUGUUGCCCCGAAACAGUCAUAUGAGAUUCUGGUGACUGGUUUCUGCGCUGAAGGACUUUAUCUUGAGGCGGCUCAUGUCUUGGAGAAGAUGCACAAGAGGAAAUAUUGGCCCGAGUGUACAAUUUUUGUUAGUGUGAUUCAAGGACUCUGCUCCAUUGGAACUAUGUAUGAAGCCCUAUUAUGGCUUGAGGAAAUGAUCAGCCAAGGAAAGAUUCCGGUGGCUUCUAUGUGGAGCUCAUUGGUAUCUAUGCUGUUUGGUGCGCCAAAGAUUGAAAAUGAUCCAUACAUGGCUUCUCUGCUGCAUGAUUUAUUAGCCGUUGAUUGAAGAACUUUUUUAUGCUGGUUUUCAGGUGGUUCGCUGCCUGCAAUUUCGGUAGCAAAUCAGACCUCUACACCUGUCCCAUAAGUAUAACUACCUCAGAAAGUUGGUUACAUAAUAUCUGUUCAUAUAUAUGCAUUUACAACAGUGUAAGGAGACGGGACAGAAAAUGAACUUCCUCACCUAUCUUUUAUUCUUCGGUGUUCCUUUUAUCUCUAAGCUUGCAGGUU